GCGCGUGCGCGCGGCAGGCCGCACCCAAGGCGCAUGCGCAGCGGUCACUCCGGCUCUAUAUUUAGGGCCGCCAGCGAUCGCGGCCUUAGGCUGCUCGUGAACAAGGGCACUGAUCGGUUUAGCGCCCUCUGCUCGAGUGCCCACCGCCGCCUCGUCGAGAGCCCGCGCAGGAUCCAGGACACUUUGCAGACAUGGAGACUGUCGUUCGCCGAUGCCCAUUCUUAUCCCGUGUCCCUCAGGCCUUUCUGCAGAAGGCAGGAAAGUCUCUGUUGUUCUAUGCUCAAAACUGCCCCAAGAUGAUGGAAGUGGGGGCCAAGCCAGCUCCUCGAACCCUGUCCACUUCAGCAGUCCACUGCCAGCAGGUCAAAGAAACCCCUCCAGCCAAUGAGAAAGAGAAAACUGCCAAAGCCGCAGUCCAGCAGGCUCCUGACGAGUCCCAGAUGGCACAGACUCCAGACGGCACACAGCUCCCGUCUGGACACCCAUCACCCACUACAAGCCAGGGCUCUGGGAGCAAGUGCCCUUUCCUGGCGGCACAGCUGAGCCAGACAGGCAGCAGCGUCUUCCGAAAGGCCAGUCUGGAGCUUCAGGAGGAUGUGCAGGAAAUGCAUGCUGUGAGGAAAGAGGUUGCUCAAAGUCCUGUGCCCCCCAGCGUGGUCAGUGUGAAAACAGACAGAGAGGAUCCAAGUGGACUGCUGAAGAACUUCCAGGAUAUCAUGCGAAAGCAAAGGCCGGAAAGAGUGUCUCAUCUUCUUCAGGAUAACUUGCCAAAGUCUGUUUCCACUUUUCAAUAUGAUCGUUUCUUUGAGAAGAAAAUUGACGAGAAAAAAAAUGACCAUACCUACCGAGUUUUUAAAACGGUGAACCGGAGAGCACAAAUCUUCCCCAUGGCAGAUGACUACACGGACUCCCUCGUCACCAAAAAGCAGGUGUCGGUGUGGUGCAGUAACGACUACCUGGGCAUGAGUCGGCACCCACGGGUGUGCGGGGCCGUCAUAGACACUGUGAAACAGCAUGGUGCCGGAGCUGGUGGAACUAGGAAUAUUUCUGGAACGAGCAAGUUCCACGUAGAGCUGGAGCAGUCGCUGGCCGACCUCCAUGGCAAAGAUGCGGCUCUCUUGUUCUCUUCCUGCUUUGUGGCUAACGACUCCACCCUCUUCACCCUGGCUAAGAUGAUGCCAGGCUGUGAAAUUUACUCUGAUUCCGGGAACCAUGCCUCCAUGAUCCAAGGGAUUCGCAACAGUCGAGUGCCAAAGUAUAUCUUCCGCCACAAUGAUGUCAGCCAUCUCAGAGAACUCCUGCAGAGGUCUGACCCCUCCGUCCCCAAGAUAGUAGCAUUUGAAACUGUCCAUUCAAUGGAUGGCGCAGUGUGCCCACUGGAAGAGCUGUGUGAUGUGGCCCAUGAGUUUGGGGCAAUCACGUUUGUGGAUGAGGUCCAUGCAGUGGGGCUGUAUGGGGCUCGAGGUGGAGGGAUUGGUGAUCGGGAUGGAGUCAUGCCAAAAAUGGACAUCAUUUCUGGGACGCUUGGUAAAGCAUUUGGCUGCGUUGGAGGAUACAUUGCCAGCACAAGUUUGUUGAUCGACACCGUCCGGUCCUAUGCCGCGGGCUUCAUCUUCACCACCUCGCUGCCACCAAUGCUGCUGGCUGGAGCCCUGGAGUCUGUGAGGAUCCUGAAGAGCAGUGAGGGGCGUGCCCUUCGCCGCCAGCAUCAACGCAAUGUCAAGCUUAUGAGGCAGAUGCUAAUGGAUGCUGGCCUCCCAGUCAUCCACUGUCCCAGUCACAUCAUCCCUGUGCGGGUUGCCGAUGCUGCUAAAAACACAGAAAUCUGUGAUGAGUUGAUGACCAGGCAUAAUAUCUACGUCCAGGCCAUUAAUUACCCGACAGUGCCUCGUGGGGAGGAGCUUCUGCGGAUCGCCCCCACCCCACAUCACACCCCACAGAUGAUGAACUUCUUCCUGGAGAAGCUCUUGGUCACAUGGAAGCGAGUUGGGCUGGAACUGAAGCCACAUUCAUCAGCUGAAUGCAACUUCUGCAGAAGGCCCUUGCACUUUGAAGUGAUGAGCGAAAGAGAGAAAGCCUAUUUCUCAGGCAUGAGCAAGAUGGUGUCUGUCCAGGCCUGACUGUGACUCGGUUAUUCACAAACCCCAGGCCAUUACCAUACCCAAAUAGUAGCCAGAAUUGUCUUUAUAUGUGAAAUAAAUUAUAUAUUAAAUCUUAAUCUAUAGUAAAAUCA